CAUAGUAAAAUUAAUACCUUCUCCGCUUCGCAUCGAAGCUAAAAAAAUUAAUGAUUAUUUCAAUUAUAGGAUAGUUUUGAUAUGGCGAAAGUACCAUUAAGUAGCGAUUUAGUAUUGCAAAACAAAUAUACAACCACUUGUAAAAGUUUACGACUCGGCCGAAUUUUAGAAGAUAUGGAUCUAUUUGCUGUUUGGAUUGUUCUGAAACACAUACACAAUCCAAAACUACCACCUGAUGUACCUAAUCCAUAUGUUAUUGUAACAUUAUUAGUAGACGAUGUGUUAAUAAAUCCAGAAAGAUACGUAGGUGUUAAUUGGUUGAUAAAAAAUAAAGAAAUAAAUACUUAUAAUUUGUAGCCUGACUUGGAUCUAAUAUUUAGCGGUAUAGUAUCUUAUGUGGGAAAAACCUCAGUAGAGGUUACUCUUUGGU